GAGGAAUAUCAACGCUGGAGCAUCCACCCAAACAAAAUAGCACUUCCACAAGGAAGAGACUGCAGGACAGUGUUUACAAAAUCCUCAUUAAGGAAGUUGUGAGAUAACACACGCUCAUGUGCAUCACACAAAGUUGAAGGCACGCACGUCCGCACACACACACACACACACACACACACACACACACACACACACACACACACACACACACGCACACACGCACACAGCAAGGAGACCAUAAGCACUGAGCAAUGCGGAGCCCACCAUAGCAUAGAUAAGGCACAGAGAGAAAGCGCUGGGACGAGGAGAGCAGAGCCCAGAGAGACCAACGGGGGAGAGGACAUAACAGAGAUGAGUCGGACGGACCAGGACCAGCCUAGGCCGCCCUUUCACCGGAACUGCACCCUUGUCGCAAAGGACAUCAAAAGGUGUGCAUAGGAAUAAAUGCUGUGAGACUCUGGAGGAGAGCAGAGGGCGCACACACUCCUGCAGAGAAGCUCCCACCGGUCAGCGCGGGGGUCAGCAGGCAGCCACCACUGACUCCUGCAGGCAGCCGCAACCUUCCAGGGCUGCAGAUGAACUCAGCCGACUCUUUUUACUGAGCCUUUGGAUGAAGGGCUCUAGAAAUCACAAUCACUCUGUCUUAGUGUUACAUCCGGUUAACUUAUAAAAGGUGAGGCAUAAAACCAAGCGCUGCAGACUGUUUUUCCCAUGGCGAGCAUUUGCUGGGAACUGGGAACCAUCUGCAGCUCCAAGACUUUGUUCUUGCUCUUUUCCAUGCUGCUGCUCCAGGGGCCUCUCUGUGGGGAGAGCAGCCCCAUCUCCAAUGCUCAUCAAAGGCACCGUCCCGACCCAGGGCUAGGAGACGGACUGGGAGGCGUGGUGGAUCUGUCGGGGCUGCAGCAGGACAGCAGCGUGGACGUGCAGGUCGCCCUGGAGAGCCUGAAGGCGCAGUUCCUGCAGGCGUUCAACCUGUCCGGCUCAGGUCCUCCGCCCCUGCCCCCGGGAAGCGCCCGAGCGGAGCCGCCCGAGUACAUGAUGGAGCUCUACAACCGCUUUGCAAACGACCGCACCACCAUGCCCAACGCAAACAUCAUCCGCAGCUUCAAAAAUGAAGAUUCAUCUCCCAGUGCUGUGGGUGCUGGAGGAGUGAGGCGUCACCCGCUGCUCUUCAACGUGUCAGUCCCUCACCAUGAAUGCAUCACGGCCGCCGAGCUUCGCCUCUACACCCUCGUCCAGACCGACCGCCACCUCUACGCUGGCGUCGACCGCAAGGUCACCGUCUACGAGCUGGCGUCCCAAGACGGCGACAACAACGUGACCGAGGAGGGCGCCGCAAGGGGAGACAGCCUCAGAGACGCGGGCGAGCGGUUGGAUCUCAUAGCGUUGGCUUCGCGUCAGGUCUACAGCACCGAUAACGGGUGGGAGGUCUUUGACAUCACCACCGCCGUGCACCGCUGGUCAAAAUCCGACCAGGGCACCACGCACCGCUUAGAAGUGCAUAUCGUCAGCAUAGCUAACGAAGACAAUGCUCAAGGGACGAAGGAGAACAGCGACGGCAGGAAGGGGCCCGAUGGGGACAUGGAGAUUGACACCAGCCCUGAGGAGAAACACAAACCGCUGCUGAUCGUCUACUCAGACGACCAGAGCAGCGACCACCGCGAUGACAAGCGCGAGCUGGAUGAGAUGAUCGACCACGAAACCUCCAACAUGGUUCUGACGAACACCUUGGGGUGGGGACAGAACGGGCUGUGGGGAGACGGGGACGGGGGGGACGAGGAGGGUGAGCCAGGCGAAGAGGACCUCAUGCAAAUGCGCACGAACCUGAUCUACGACACGGCCUCCCGCAUCCGCCGCAACGCCAAAAGCAACCACUGCAAGAAGCAGUCUCUGUACGUGGAGUUCAAGGACAUUGGCUGGGACAGCUGGAUCCUGGCUCCCACCGGCUACGACGCCUUUGAGUGCACUGGGAUUUGCUCCUUCCCACUGACGAAGCACGUCACACCCACCAAGCACGCCAUCGUCCAGACGCUGGUCAGCAUCAACAGUCCGCAGAAGGCGUCGCGGGCCUGUUGCGUUCCCACCAAGCUGGAGCCCAUCUCCCUGCUCUACCUGGACGACACAGGUGUGGUCACCUACAAGUACAAGUUUGAGGGCAUGGUGGUGGGCGAGUGCGGCUGCAGAUAGCCCGUGCUUUUUCGAGAGCGUACAGCUGGAAAUGGAGAACGGACCGAAACAAGUGGACGACUGCUGGAAUCCCUGUAAGGGUCAGACUUUUCAUGAUGUCAUCAUUUAAUGGAGGGACAUCGUUUAAUGCAGAUCUACAGUUAACACAGUUUCCUACAAAACCAAGAAGAUACAAGAAUUCCCAGAGGACCAAAGCAAACACAUCCUACAGUGUGUGCUGCAUGGUGGGAACCAGCGGGUCAGUCGUCCCCCCUCCCCGUCCUUCCCCCCUGACAUCUGUCUUCCUCUCUGCUUAUCUCUGGCCUCCCCGCUCGGUGCAAACACUAAUCAGCACUUUAUGUGCACAGUGGAAUGACCUCCCUGAAGCAACCUGACAAGACAUGAACUCUGCAGGCCCACCUCCUGCCUCCCGCGGCCUCCUGAUACGUAGGCGCUGCGCAGGGGUUCCAGUGGCAGGGUUAUCUCCCCGCAGCCCUGUUCCCCCCACUUCAGAUGCCUCUCUCCCACUCCCCCCAAGCUGCAGCGAUAAGUAAGGUGUCGGGGGUUGAGAAACAUGUACGCCGCCACUGGAGCUCGGCCGCCACUGGAGCUCGGGGACCUUAGGGGCGAAUGGAUGGGGGAGUGAGACUGGGCAAAGUGUAAGGAGUUCCACGCAUUCCUAGGAAAGAAAGAAUCCUAACUGUCUCAGCCCGUCGACCUCGGGGUCCCAACAAUCUUAAGUUGAGUUGUGUAUCACUUUUAUGGUUAAAAAAGGCUUUAUGGACUGUUCAUAUUUAUAACCUAGUUAUUUUCUGUUGUUAUCGGCCUUUUGAUACCUCUGCUGCUAUUUAUUGUUUUAAUUUAUUAAUUUCUACAACAGAUAGAUAAAUAUAUACUGUAUGUAAAUGUGUAAGAUGCUUAUUGUUAAGUGCCUAAAUAGUGUUUUAUAACCAUGACAAUGCAUUUGCAGCACAAAACGAAUUUUGUUGGGAAGAAUAUGUGAAUAAUUUCUGAAACAAUAAAGAAUUAUUUGACAAAGUCUUUGUUAACUGAUCCCUCUAGUUUCUGGUCGUCUCACAUAAAAAUAAGCAUGAAGAUGAAAUUGUUUUCAUAGGACACAUGGUCUUUUACGCUUGUCAAUCAAAGGCCGGAGCAGAAAACGCUGCUAGA